GCGCGGAAGGCGGACGGCACGCGACUGGAAGGCGGGUCGGUUUAGCGGGGUAGGGGAGGGGACGUGGCGUAGUGGCGUUGAGGAGGGCGCCACUUAGUGUUGGGACCUUCUCGGUGGUCACCUCCGCUCCUGGGACUCGGGUUACGCGGCGGCCGCCUUCACGCCGGGCCGGCCAGCGGUGUUGGGUAGGUGACGCGCCGCAAAAAGGAGGCGCUCGCCAGCACUUCCGGUCUCGUGAGGCUUCGUCGCGCGCGGAGCACUCUGGGACUUUUAUUUCUCGAGAUGGAGCGAGCCAUGCCGCAAGCGGUGCCUCUGGGUCAGAUGGAAGUAUUUCAGGCCCUGCAGCGGCUGCACAUGAUCAUUUUCUCCCAGAAUGUCUCACCCUGUGGGAAGUUCCUGGCAGCUGGCAACAAUUACGGGCAGAUAGCCAUCUUUAGCUUGUCUGCUGCUUUGAGCUCUGAGGCCAAAGAGGAAAGUAAGAAGCCCAUGGUGACCUUCCAAGCCCACGAUGGACCCGUCUACAGCAUGGUCUCCACUGAUCGACAUCUGCUCAGUGCUGGGGAUGGGGAGGUGAAGGCCUGGCUUUGGGCAGAGAUCCUUAAGAAGGGCUGUAAGGAGCUGUGGCGUCGUCAGCCCCCAUACAGGACCAGUCUGGAAGUACCUGAGAUCAAUGCUUUGCUUCUCGUCCCCAAGGAGAAUUCCCUCAUCCUGGCAGGGGGAGACUGUCAGCUGCAUACGAUGGACCUUGAGACGGGGACCUUCACGCGGGCCCUCUGGGGCCACACGGACUAUAUCCACUGCCUGGCACUGCGGGAACGGAGCCCCGAGGUGCUGUCAGGUGGCGAGGAUGGGGCCGUGCGGCUUUGGGACCUCCGCACGGCCAAGGAGGUCCAGACGAUUGAGGUCUACAAGCACGAGGAGUGCUCGAGGCCCCACAAUGGGCGCUGGAUUGGAUGUUUGGCAACUGACUCCGACUGGAUGGUCUGUGGAGGUGGCCCAGCACUAACCCUCUGGCACCUUCGAUCCUCCACACCCACCACCAUCUUCCCCAUGCGGGCACCACAGAAACACGUUACCUUCUACCAGGACCUGAUUCUAUCAGCUGGACAGGGUCGCUGUGUCAAUCAGUGGCAGCUGAGCGGGGAGCUCAAGGCCCAGGUGCCUGGCUCCUCCCCAGGGCUGCUAAGCCUCAGCCUCAACCAGCAGCCAGCAGCCCCUGAGUGCAAGGUCCUGACAGCCGCAGGCAACAGCUGCAGGGUGGAUGUCUUUACCAAUCUGGGCUACCGAGCUUUCUCCCUGUCCUUCUGACCUCCAGCAACACCCCCACCUCCAUCUCAGGGGUUUAGAGUGGUUUGUUUUUUUCUUUUUUUUAUACUAAUAAAAUUUUGGGCUUUUUUUUUUCAUG